GGGGGCGGGGCGGCGCGGGGCGGCGGCGGCGGCGGUCGGGGCGCUCCCUCCGCCCCGGCGGCUCGGCCGUUACAGCGGGGCGGCUCUGGCGAGAGAGGCGGUGCCAUGGGGGUGCACGGCGUCAAGGCGGUGUUCUUCGACUUGGACAACACGCUGAUCGACACGGCGGCGGCCGGGCGGCGCGCCAUCGAGGAGGUGAUAAGCGCCCUGCAGGCCAAGCACCACUGCGGUGAGGGGGAGGCCCGCGCCAUUUGCGAGAAGGUGCAGGCCAAGCUGCUGAGGGAGUGCCACGAUCCCGCCAAGAUGUGCAUCACCGACCUGCGGAUCUCCCACUGGGAGGAGGCGAUCCAGGAGACCGUCGGCGGGGAGGCGAACCGCAACCUGGCCGCCGAGUGCUAUUUCUUGUGGAAAACCACCCGCCUGCAGCACCUCACGCUGCCCGAGGACACGCGGGACAUGCUCACCGAGCUGCGCAAGCGGGUCCGCCUGCUGCUUCUCACCAACGGCGACAAGCAGACGCAGAGGGAGAAGAUCGAGGCCUGCGCCUGCCAGCCUUACUUCGAUGCCAUCGUUGUGGGAGGAGAGCAGAAAGAAGAGAAACCGGCGCCAUCCAUAUUUUAUUACUCCUGUGAUCUCCUGGGGGUGCAGCCCGGCGAGUGUGUUAUGGUUGGUGACUCUCUAGAUACAGAUAUUCAAGGAGGCCUCAAUGCUGGCUUGAAAGCAACUGUCUGGUUGAACAAGGCGAUGACUGCCCCAGUAGAUAUCUCCCCAGUACCUCAUUAUAUUAUUUCUUCUGUUCUGGAUCUUCCAGCAGUUUUACAGAAGAUGGAGCACAACAUUAAUUCUAAGUUAGAAACUGACCACGUGGCUAGUAAUAAUGGAGCACCUUGAUGGUUCCAGCAUACAACCCAGAGACGUGCUGAGCUGUUGUUAGGUGACUCACACUCUGUUAAAAAAAUUGACCCUAGGAUUUUGAACUCGUGCACGGUAUGCUUUCUUAAACAGCAGAUGGAUGAAUAAGAGCACAGUUGUCAGUGAAAACAGGGUAGAAACAAUGAAUUAGAUUAAUUGAAAAGAUGCAAGUGCAGUUAAUUUAAAACGACUGCCUCUGUCUGGAAAUUAUUUUGACAGACUGUGGCUAAAGUCUAUCUGUCUCUGACCUAAGUGGCCAGUCUCUUGUUUUUAUAGUGGAAAAGGAAAUUUGAAUGUUUUGAUCUUUCACAUGCUUUGCUGACUUACAAGUUUAACACAACCUUCAGUUCAAACCUUGUUUGCAGUGUGUAAAAGAAGGUGAGGAAGAGAGUGCAGUACAACCUGGUAAAUCUGUGUAAUUGAUCUGCAGUUUAUCUCAGGAACUGGAGUGAAUUUUGAUGUCUCUAAACCCAGCAUUUAUUAUGUAUCAGACCAUUAGCAAAUGCUCUACCUUUGAUCUUUUUUCAAGUUUUAGAUUUUUUUUCAGACUUUGCAGUGACUUUUAUGGAAUCUGUACCUUUUGCCAGAAGUACUUAAAUGUACAUUAAAAAUUCGUGUAGGGGACCAUUUAUCAGAGGGACUCAACGGAUAAGUUUUUACUUUAUAUUAUCUUGGUGCUUAUUGCAGAUAUGCAGUAUACUUGUAACUCAGAUUCUGAUUUUUGUUGGAAUGUAAUUGAUAAGACAGAUAUUUUCACUGGUCUUACUGUACUGUCAGACUCUUUAAAAGUUAAUAUUGUUCUGUCUGAUUUUAUGAGUGAAUUUUAACCAGACUUUCUGGAGAAACUCUUCUUGGCCUUGCUCACGUAUGUGACUCUUCAGAUUCAACUGCCAAAUCAGUGCUUUUUUGGACUGUUUUAACAGCACUGCUAUACAAUCCCUCCUUACUCCAGUGUCUACAUGAAUUUCAUGUUAUUUAUUCUGGAGAAAAUAUGAGCUAGUUGUUUGUAAAUGGCUUUCAUGACUCUCUUCCAGGAAAUAGGAAAAUUAUGUUAUACGUAUUACAGUACUGUGUACAGCUUUAUAACGUGUAUGUGCUGUUUCCACUAGAUGCAGGAGACAACUUUCUAAAACGCAAAGAUUUCCCUUUCCCAGAUCUUUAUCUUUUUAUAAUUUAUUUUUUUCCAUACUUCGUAUUCUUACUAUAUAAUGGGAAGGUAUUCACAUAUUAAAUGGAAAUGUAAACACUUGUUGGAAAACCUGUGUUUUUCAAAACUUGUUUGCUAUAUAUACAUUGGGCUGAAUGUCUGACCAUAUAUAAGCAAUCAAAUACUAUAUUUUAGAAUAAAUCCAUGACAGUUCUUUUGAGAACAGGGAUAUUGAAGUGCUGGCAGAAGAGUGUCUGGCACAUGGGCAGCAAUAAAACAUCAGCAAAAAGUGCAGAAACCUACCAGGAAACGAGUGUGUAGGAGGAAUCCUAUAUACAAGAAAGGUUCCUUUGUUUAACUUGACAUGAGUUUAAAGUAAUGUAGUUAAGUUUUGCAUAGGAUGACAUGCUCACCUUGGAAGAGGCUAUUACUCAUCUGGGUUAAAUUAUUUGGCGAAGAGUUCAGGUUGCAUCAGAAUAUGUUGCUCCUACAUUGGGUGGGUGGGGGAGAGGAAGCGCUAAAGUUUGAAUCACUUUCAUCCAACUGUCCCUUAAAAAUGGUGCAGCAGUCCAGGUUCUUCACGUUAUCUAGCCAAGAGCUUUGAGAUCAAUCGGAUCAAUGAAGAGAGCAGAGGCAGGCCCCAGCUGGAGCUUUAAGGAAAGGGGCGUAUGCUAAAAAUGAUCCAGUGACACUGCUACAGUAAGUUGCCACGUGUAACAUGAGCCAGUGGGACUCACUUAACACACCUUUGUUACUUAAGUAAGAGUCUGAAGAUUUUAUUUUGCAUUUGGAAGAGCAUGAAAAUGGUCACUGGUUUAGCUGAUGAGCAGAGUAUUGCUAAUAGCAACCUUAUAACCAAGGGCUGAGAAAAAAUCGUAGAUCAUCAAGCCUGUAGAAAUGUAUCCAAAAAGUUUAGGUGGAUCCCCGAAAAGAUAAUGUAUUUGAAGUAAUCUGUUUUAACCUUACUGUCUGAUAACAAAGCAACAACUUCACUUGCAACAGCAUCCCAAAGGAGCCGCCAGUGUAACUGCGUUGUUUGCACAGCAUCAGGGUAGUAGAGCUUAGGUCAGAAUAAGGUUUCUGAUACAGCUGAGAUUUAAAAUAACAAAUAGUAAUAAUUUGCAAUUCUGUCUGUGGGCUGGAAGAAUAUAUAUAUAUAUAUAUAUAUAUGUGCCAGGUUACCAUUUUUUAAUGUAAGUUGAGGCUCGUAUUCUCUUGCCACUGCGUCAUUCUGAAGUGGGACUGCUUAUCAUACGAAGGGUCUCUUGUUUUAGAAGAGACUGCUCUUUGAUUUGCACAUGGCCAGCUGUUUUCUUACAACUAUGAAUCUAUUAAAAACCACUGUAACUGAACACUCAGGUGAUAGUGUGGUCUGCAGAGGCCACACCCGAGUAUAUUUUUUCCAUUACUGAGUACUGUACCAGGCUGGAUGUGACUACUAGUGUCCAGGUAGGGCAGUGGUGGUGUGGUGCUUCUACAAAACAAGAAACAGUAGAAGGGAUUUCUCUACCUAGGGUUCUUCUUAGAAACCGUUACCCAGUAACUGGAUGAGGAAUACGGAGUAUUUCUAAAUACUGAAGAUGUUUUUCUUGGAUGGAGCUCUUACAGAAAGCCUAAUGAAAAGUAAUUAUAUUUAACAAAAUGGAAACAUAAAUGUAGUGAUGGGAUAAUUUUUACAUCAGAAGCAGGAAUAAAUCAAUAAAACAGUCUAUAUUGAGUUCCAGUUAAGUUCUGAUUUUGCUUAGUCUUAUGCUCUGUUAGCUAUGUUGUCUAGUUUAAAUUGUAUUGCCAAAACACCUAAAUACAAAGAGGAAAAAGAAAUUCCAUCUAUAUUUUUAAAACCCUUUUCUUUUCCCAGAUAAAUAUUACCUCCUGAGGUUAAUCUAUAGUAAUUUUGAUUUUAGUGAAAUGAACUGAAACAAUAGUUUAAUACCAAUUGUAUUUUAGUUCUUGAUUUAAAAUAACCCAUGUACUAGUCUAAUAAAAUAUUUUGUUUAUAAAA